AUGACAAAUGGCCAUUCCUCUGCCACAGAUCUCCGCGUAAAUUCAAAACCCAUAUCAUCGUCUCCUUCUCCUCCUUCUCCUAGCCUUCCAACUAAGGAUAACCGAUCGAAUCGCGGCACCUCCAACACGCAACAUACAACGGCGCAAGAAAAUCGAGAGGCUGAUUUAGCUGUGCCGGCUAAAAACAGACACAAGAACUCUACCAAAGCGACCGUGUUAUCUCGCAGUCUGUCUGACCUUGCCUCUCAGCAGUAUCCAUGGUCGGAAGCUGUCCUAGAAACCUUGAAACAAAAGUUCAGCCUGAUCGAUUUCAGGACAAAUCAGUUGGAAGCGAUCAACAAGACGCUCAACGGGGAAGACAUCUUUGUUCUCAUGCCAACCGGUGGAGGAAAAAGUUUAUGUUACCAGCUACCGGCCGUGAUCCAGGAUUAUCAAAGAAAAGGGGUCACUUUUGUCGUUUCUCCGCUACUUUCACUCAUGCACGAUCAGGUGAAACAACUGGUCACUAAGCGUAAUAUCCAUGCAUCCCUCCUCAACAGUCAACUGAAACCCGAAGAUCGGCGCUUAGUGUUCGACCAGCUUGCGCAUGAUCCUCCUGCACUGCAACUACUAUAUGUUACGCCCGAAUUACUGCAACGCUCCGAGGCAUUGCAGGUCGCCAUCGAGAAACUAUAUCGGCAAGGCCAGCUGGCACGAUUUGUUAUCGACGAAGCGCAUUGCAUAUCACAGUGGGGUCAUGAUUUUCGUCCGGAUUAUAAGCUGCUAGGCAACCUCAAAACCAAAUUUCCAGACGUUCCUAUCAUGGCUUUAACGGCAACCGCCAAUGAAAUGGUUCGAAAAGAUAUCUUAUACAAUCUUCAAAUCGAGCACUGUACCAUUUUGCAACAAAGCUUUAACCGCCCCAAUCUCACCUACGAAGUCGUCGAAAUAGCCUCAAAAGAUAUUAUACUGAGGGAUAUUGCGUUUUUCAUGAUGCGUUAUCAAAACAAAUCGGGGAUUAUUUAUUGCGCGACAAGGCGGCAAUGCGAAGAAGUGGCUGAACAACUUCGAUUCAGUUAUGGUUUCAAAGCGAAGCAUUAUCAUGCCGCCUUAUCGCCCGAAGAACGGUUAGGCAUUCAACACGAGUGGCAGGUUGGGGCUGUGCAAGUGAUCGUAGCUACAAUCGCUUUUGGUAUGGGGAUUGAUAAAGGCGAUGUUCGAUUCGUCAUUCACUUUACGAUGCCGGCUUCCAUUGAAAACUACUAUCAAGAGACAGGACGUGCUGGUAGAGAUGGCAUGCCAGCGAUUUGUCGUCUUUAUUAUUCGUAUGCUGAUCGGAAAACACACGAAUUAUUGAUCAACAAAGGCGAAGGCACGUUGCAGCAGAAGCGACGACUGGCCGACAAUUUGAAGAAGAUGAUCCUGUUUUGCGAGAACAGGAUCGAUUGUCGACGGCAACAAGUCCUGGCUCACUUUGACGAGAAAUUCGAUUCCAAUUUGUGUUAUAACACGUGUGACAACUGUGUGCGACGUGGCAGAUCUAAGCAAGUCAAACGCAAUGUGUCAAAGGAAGCUAUUGCCGCUAUCCGUCUAGUUCGUCAGCUGCAAGCAGAAAAAGUGACCUUCGAUCAAAUCGUGGAUAUUCUACGUGGAUCGCCUACCUCAAGGGUUAUCGAACGUAGAUAUCAUCAGUUACCAGAUUUCGGGGUCGCUGAACACCUGAAACGUACAAACACCGAUCGACUGAUGAAACGACUCCUAGCCAUUGAUGCAUUAACCGAACAGUGUGAAUGUGAUGAGGCGGGGUUCACAACCGCUUACAUUCAGGUAGAUUCGCGCUCUUCUGUUGCAUGUCAUCACGCAUGUGUAAAAUAA